AUGCGGUUUAAUAGCAGCAUCAUUGUACGGCGGCUUACGAAGGUUACGACCUCGAACUCCGCACAUGAAGCCCCACAAUUUUUGUCCUGUCGACUCCCCGGUAAAGCGUUCAUCAGCGUGCGAGGGCCAGAUGCCGUGAAGUUUCUCAAUGGACUUAUUACUGCGAAGCUUGCCCCAGAGGUCGUCAAGAAAAGUCUUACUACUGUUAACCCCGAUGUGCGGGAAGUUGAACGGCAUCCGUCGAUCAGCGGUUUUGAUUUGCGUCGUGGGAACUGGGGCAUCUACAAGGAGGGAACUCGAGCCCGUGGUCCCUACAUCUCCCGCUUCGGGACAUACAGUGCAUUCUUAAACAGCAAGGGUAAGGUUCUCACGGACACGGUGGUAUAUCCCGCACCGCUUGGUCUUCCGGAUGGCGCAGCCGCGAAAUACCCGGAGUAUUUGCUUCAGUGCGAUGCCAUAUUUGUUGAGCCCCUGGAGCACCUUCUCCAGCGCCACAAACUUCUACAAAGAGUAAAGAUAGCGCGUAGGGAUGAUCUAAGCGUAUGGCAUGUUGCGAUUGAUAUGGAUGCGUAUCCAGAGUGGGAGCAGUCAUUUAGCUGGCGCUCCGAAUUCUGGAAACCGAUGGUCUCCUUGCACAACCAGGACGACGCGCUCAGGUUUGCCCGGUGGUUUAUUGCCCAGUUCUUUGCCGGCGCUGAGGGCCGCCUUGUCGGCGCAUACUAUGACACCCGCAAUGUGGACCCAACCAAGAAGUCCAACAUAUUCUACAUGGUGACCACUGGCGAUGUUGAUGACAUCGCCACCCUGUUCAGCCCACAGAUGGUCAGUUCGAAGACCACUGCGGUUUCGGUUCCUUACACGGAGGUCCGGCGUGCGCGGCUGCGGCGUGGCGUCCUGGAAGGCGUCUCAGAGCUCAGGUCCGAGGCCGUUCUCCCGCUGGAGGUGAACUUCGACCUAUAUGAGGACGCCGUGAGCUUCGACAAGGGCUGCUAUGUGGGCCAGGAGCUCACAGCCCGCACUCAUGCUACAGGCGUGUUGCGUAAGCGCUGUGCGCCUGUGAUUGUCUCAAACUCUGCUUCCUUGGAUACCCUUGCUACGUCUUCUCGGCUGGAUCUGUAUACGGACUACGUGAUCCCGGCUGCUUCCACCAGCCCCAGUCCUACAAACAGCCCCUUUGCAUCUCAGAAUCCAAGACCACGCAAGAAGCAACCUAUUGGCAAACUUCUUUGCGUUGAUGGUACUGACGGCGUCGCACUUGUCAAGCUCAUCUACAUAGAGCGCUCUCGCAGUUGCGGCAGCAUUGAGUGCUACGUUACCCACCCAGAAACCGGCGAGAGGGUUCCCAUCUACAUAGAUUUACAGAAUCGUCCGAUACAUCUACCGGAGUAG